AUGGACAGCUUUUUCAGCGGCAGGACAUAUGCAAUCUCCGGGGGCGCAAGUGGGAUCGGCCUUGCGGUCACCAAAUCUCUUCUGCGUCAAGGUGCGAACGUGUCGAUAGCCGACAUACGCAUAGCCGACACACUUCUGCAGGAUCUUGCAAAAGAAGCUCCCGGCAUUCAGUGGCCUGGCAAGACUGAGGAUAGAAUAUUACUGAAGAAGGUCGACGUCCGCUCAAGACAAGAUGUGGACAGCUGGAUCAGUGACACUGUGGACAGAUUCGGUGCGCUCGAUGGUGCAGCGAACAUGGCUGGAACGAUACCAAGAGACCACAAUAUCGGCACCAUUGAGACAAUGGAUGACGAGGAGUGGGACUUUGUCUUUGGAGUCAAUGUCAAUGGAAUGAAAAACUGUCUUAGAGCACAGUUGAAGUAUAUAGGCAAGGAUGGUCGAAAGUAUGGCAGCAUAGUCAACGCCGGAAGCGGACUCAGUUUGGAAGGGAGGGAAGGAACCAGUGCCUACACCGCAAGCAAACAUGCGGUGUUGGGCCUGACUCGAUGCGUUGCGAAGGAGGUGGGAAAAAGAGGCGUCAGGGUGAAUUGCAUUGCACCGGGCUUCACAGAAACCCCAUUGAUGAAACAGUCAAUGAGCAUCGAAGGUUCCGAGUCGAAAGAGGACUUUUCGUCCACAGCGUUGGGUAGGUUGGCUCAGCCAUCGGAAAUUGCUGACACGGUUGUCUACUUGCUCAGUGAUAAAGCGAGCUUCGUCACUGGUGCUUGUAUCUCGGCGGAUGGCGGAUGGCAUUGUUAG